AUGAGUGAGCGUCCAGAACCACCAGGCGACCCAGUGAGCCUUGCAUCGAAGGCUAUGGAGAAAACGGCUUCGGCCAUCCAAACCUUUAAACCUCUUAACAAGAUUCACGAACACGUCCAGGGCUUUCAUUUCUACAGCGAUGAUCUAAAUCGACAGGUGGUAGCCCACCACUAUUGCGGUCAUUUGAAAGAACAAGUCCGCCAGUGCGUUAUUUACGAUUCCGAUGCCGACGAUGCUCGACUGAUUGGAGUUGAAUACAUCAUUUCGGCUGAAUUGUUCGAGAAACUUCCUGAAGACGAAAAACUAUAUUGGCAUUCGCAUGUAAUGGAAGUCAAAUCCGGCCUCCUUAUUUGUCCGACAGCAACUGGUGUCCCAAGGACGGUUGGGGAUAACGCCGAGAUGAAAUAUAUGGAGGAAUUGAUCAAUACAUAUGGAAAGACUUGGCAUUUCUGGCAAGUUGAUCGUGGCGAUGCGUUGCCAUUCGGUCCUCCAAAAUUGAUGAUGUCGAUCGUGGAAGAGUCGCAAAUUAAUCAAAAACUGGUCGAAGAACGUGAUGCGCACUACAAGAUAUCAACAGAGGAGAAGAAAAAGCAACGGGAGCAUUUGAAACCAAAGGGUGAGGUCGAUCCCGGCGCUGAUCAUUGGGUAAACAGAGAAGACGGAAAGACUUAUAGAACAGAGAUGGUUUGGGGACCAAGAAAGUAA